UAUAAGAGGCAUCGCUCUUCUCAUGCACAUACCAACAACUUUGCAAAGUCUGUGGUCAACCUUGUAGAUUCUAUUUACAAGGAGCAGCUCAAUACCAGGGUUGUCCUGGUGGCUGUAGAGACCUGGACUGAGAAGGAUCAUAUUGACAUCACCACCAACCCUGUGCAGAUGCUCCACGAGUUCUCCAAAUACCGGCAGCGAAUCAAACAGCAUGCUGAUGCCGUGCACCUCAUCUCGCAUGUGAUAUUCCACUAUAAGAGAAGCAGCCUGAGUUACUUUGGAGGUGUCUGUUCUCGCACAAGAGGAGUUGGUGUGAAUGAG